UCCUCCUGGCUGCUUUUACUUUCAAACGCGCAGUCGGUUUGGGAAACAGGAGGAAAACGUUGUUCUAAUGAGAAAAAGUUCAACAUCUGCUUUGCUGACUUCUGAGAAUCUACACAUUUACUCUAAUGACUUGUCUUCACUCAUUAUUCUUUGAAUAAUCUAAAAAAGUGUGAUCAUGGUCGUGCCGAGGUUGUGUCAGACAGCCUUCACGCUGCUCCGGCAGAUCGAGCCGAUACUCGUGCUGGAGCAGCUGGGCAGCACUCUCUUCGAGACCGCCCUGCAGAUGGUGGCCAAGGAUCGGUGUGCCAACGCCACUUACCCCGAUACCCACCUCUCCAGGGAGGACAGCCAGCAAAAAGCCAUGUCGGACUUCUACAUGAUCUACAACCUCAUCAUCCAGCUGACUCCGAUCCUGCCUGCGCUGUUCCUGGCCAGGUUAGGCGACCGUGGCUGGAGGAGAGCCCCAAUCGCGGUGCCCCUGUGCGGCUACCUGCUGUCCAGGCUCACCCUGCUCCUGGUGGUCAUCUUCCGCCUCCCGCUGGAGGUGAUGUACGGCGCGGCGGUUCUCUUCGGGCUGUCCGGUGGCUUCUGCACCUUCUGGCCCGGCGUGAUGACGCUGGCGUCCCUCGGCUCCACGCAGACAGAUCGCUCCAAGGCGAUGAUGAGAGUGGAGCUGCUGUAUGGGACAGUGGGUCUGGUGGGCAGCCUGGUGUCGGGUCAUCUGUUCCUGUUGUACAGCUCCAGUGUGGGCCAUGGGACCAUCCUGCUCACUGUCAGCACACUGCUGCACCUGCUCUGCCUCCUACACUCCAUAUUCCUGCUGCAGGUGAAACAGGUACCCAGCCGAGAGCCAGAGGAGGAGCCCCACAUCCUUUCGAAAGCCUCCAGUAACGUUCCCGCCGAGGCCCCUGCUCGAAUAAACAUGGUGAACGUGGUUCUGCUGUUUGUAGCUGCCAUGCUGUACGGCUCUGCAGUGGGUGGAGCCAUAGAAAUACUGGGCAUUUUUGUGUUGAAAGAGCCACUUAACUGGAGCGCCACUCAGGUGGGUUAUGGGAACGCAGCAGGCUGCAUGAUUUUCCUCACCAGUUUCCUCGGCGUCAUUGUGUUUCGUCGCUGCGUCAGCGACGUGACGCUCGUCCUGAUCGGCAUGCUGUCGUUCGCCUCAGGAAUUUACUUCAUGUCCUUUGUCACUACAACCUACAUGUUCUACCUUGCUCGCUCACUCAACCUGUUUGCUCUCAUCCCGAUGCCCACCAUCAGAUCUCUGCUCUCACAGCAGGUCCCAGCUUCCUCCUGUGGCAUCACUCUCACCUCCCUGCAGUUGUCUCUGAAGUUAGCUGGACUGGCAUACUUCCCUGCCUUUACUAAGAUCUAUCAGAGAACCCUGGAUUGGUUCCCAGGCUUUGUCUUCACGCUUUCCAGCAUCUUCACAGUACUGGGAAUGAUACCCAUCAGUAUCGUCGGCUGUAGAUCUCCUCAAAGGCGUCAGUACGAGAGGAUCGAGGGAGACUGAUGACAUCAUCGCCAGCACCGAUUCAGUUUUGGUACGAUGCAGAUGCAAACAGAGACUUUGGGCAAAAGCAGAGCAGUGCCUUCAGUUUCACUUCCUAUAAUGUUUAAACUAUAGACACUUUGAUAGAGUAAGAGUUCCUAUAGGCUUUAUGUUUACAUGAACAUUUUAUAUAAAAAUUAUCUUGUACGUUUUAAUGAAGCCUGGGCAGACAUGCACAGAGACAUUUGCGUGGACAUAUCACAACACAGUCACUCACAAGAAAGUUUCCAGCUAUUGAAUUUUUGGCAUCAGUCAGUGAAAUUUGUGCAAAAUGCUUUGAAACAACCAGAGUCAUAUACGUGACAACGCACCAAGUGUGAUUUCAGCACAACAGAAUAUGUCAUACAUGAGAAGCCCCUUGUGAGCAAAACAGAAGGAGUAGGAAUAAAAACUACUGACACUAUACAUUUAAACAAGUUUCCUGUUGUAAACCUGCUCAAACUGGAUCACGUUCAGUUUGCUUUCAGCUGUAAAUAUCUAACAUAUAUGAAAUAUCAAGACUAGACUAAUGCAGGAAUACAAAAUUUGACACAGUUUGGAUUUUCAAAGUAUAUCUGCCAAUAUAUGCAGUCAGUGAGGAUAUGGUGUAUGGUGUGUAUGUGCAGUCCUGCAGUGAUCGUCUUUGGACUUGAUGGUAUUUUGGAGGGGAAUAAGACUUACAUGCUGACUUCUGAACCUGCAGGUCAGGAAAGGCUGACAGUGUCAAGGAAACAUUUGCCUGAAAAAGAUUUUUUUUUUUUUUUAAACUGAUUUUCUUUCUGUUAACGUGUCUUUGUAGCUGUUACUUUUUUAUAGUUGAGUGUUUGCACUGUUUUGGCUGUAAAGCACUGAACUGCAUUAACUUAUCUGAAAGAUACCAUAUAUGGUUUGAUAUUUACAUUUUAGCUCGUGUACUUUUGUUUGUGACCUCAAUAGGAAAAGAAGUUUGGAAAUCUCCUGUCAUUGAUGGCAGGCGUGAAGGGAAUGAUGCAGCCUUUAUUAUUCUUUGUUUUUAUUCUAAGCAUACUCCUACUUUUAUUGUUGAGAUUUUUUUAGUCUAUUUUGUCAGAGUUAUUACAGGUACGAUUUAUGUUGGUGUAAGCAACAAGAAAAUAUAUGGAGGAGUGAACUGUAAAAGAGUUUCUUGUGCACUUACAAAUGGCUUUUCAGCUGUUAACGACAACAAAUGAAAUGAGAGGACCUGAGCAGACAAGAAUGAAAUGCAUUCAUUUGUUUUAAUUAUUGGUCCAAUAUAUCCAAAAAAUCAUUUGAGGUAAAGAUAAAUUGCAUCAAAACAACACCAAUAUACAAGCUUAUUUAUAAUUACAACAAGAUGUUAUUAACAUCCAAAUGUACAAUAAAAAAUCUGAACGUAAACAGUACACACACACACACUGGGGAGGGACGGAAAUAAAAAGACAGAAGGUAGAUUCACAUGUUCAUCUGACUUUUAACCUUUCACACAGUUUCGAUUGAUCAGGUUUAUCCUGCACUGCAAAUCAGAUCAUCUCAUGUGUGACUCUACAGGAAGAAGAUAGAAGGAAAAGAUGGGGACAUUUGGCUUUGAAACAUUUGAUUUGUGCAUUUAGGGAAAAUCAAAAAUCAUGUUCCCCCUGGCAGCCAUCCAGUUUCCAACCAACUCGACACCAUUCACUCGACUAUUCAUUGACAUUUUUGGCAAAUGCAAGAAUUUUUUCAGCAGGCAUUUCUGCCAGGGGUUGGAGAUGUGUAUAUAGUGCAAAAACAAAUCAGCAGGCACACAGUAUAAGGUGGGGAUUUUACAAUGGCUACGAGUAAGAACAAGUAAAUUAAACAAGGAACACUCUGUUGGGGUUCCAAUGAGCACCAAAAAUUUUAAAAAAAGGGUUUAAUUCCUCAUUUUUAAUGCAAGAUUACACUGUCAGUACAAACUUUCAAAAUCCCUUCUGACAGUGUCACAUACUCAUUGGAAACCCAACAAUCUCCCGUUUUUUUUUUUAAAAUACAAAAAUAGACUUAACUGUACCAUAUAAUGCAGCUGUACACCGGGGUAUAUUGAAUAUACAGCGUAUUGCCAUAAGAACAAAAAGAAAUUUUAAUCAGGUGAAUCAAAAUGAUCCCAAAACCUGUGCGUGCUCAGGUCAGGUCAGUACAGUUCCAUCAUUUACACUGAGGGGCAGGAAAAUCUGUAGAUGCACUGAUGCAAAUCAUUGCCAAGACUUACAGUCCUCCACUGUAAACAGAUAUCAGACAUCUCAUUCUGUUCAUAACACAAAAAGGGAAAGGUGACGCCUUUGAUGUCCUGUCAGGUGAUUCUUAAGCAUCUAUCAGGUUUGCAAAGUUUCCUAUUUAUUAUUUCUUUGUUUUGAUUGGAUUUUGAAAUGUAAAACUUAAAUCUGUUGAAAGGUGCCUUGUUUGAGUUUUCUUGUACAGCCAACACAUACAUGUUCACAUUCAGUCUUUCUUAGCAGAAUGUAUUGUACAUUUCACAGACACACAAGCCAAUUGGGGAACUGCUCAUAAAAACACUGCGCUCAAAGUGCUACAAGGGGUCAAACGUUCUCCAGGGUGGCAUGCAUUACACGUCCUCUAGUCCUGCUGCUGUAAACUGAAUGACAGUGAGUCACACUGUGAAGUUUGGAUUAACCACAAGUGAUAAAUGUUUCUAUAAGCUUGGUUUUUCUUACUGUAACAGAAACAGACAAUACAGAAGCUUUGUUAUGAUUUCUAAACACCUCUGACUGACUGACUGUUUCUGUACAAAUACUGUAAUUUAGCAUCAGUGCAUCCACAGGACUGUCCACUGUACUGCCUUGACACUGGACCACAGUGGAAUCACUCUGAAAGCUUCUCUUGGUUUUACUGGCUGCUUUUAAAAAAAAAAAAAAUUUGGUUUUCUUGAUGUGUCACCGCACUGGCAUCCGGUAGUCAAAGGAAACAGUAACUGCUUUGUGCUUUUACAGCUCAAGGAAGGAAAAGACAGAUAAAAAGAGAACCAGUUUGCAAGCCACCACAGUCACUUCCCUUCAUUGCGGCUUUACAGCACUUGUAUUUAUCUACACUGGGGGCAGGCUCAGUAAUGUGACACCAGCCUAAAAAACCGGGCAGGCCACUCAAAGACAGUCUGAUGGACAUUUAAUAUAAACACCUAAGAUAAAAAGAUUUUUCGUUUUUAACAUAGCUUCUCAGACCUGAAAAAGUCAAAUCAGUAUCAUACUUCCAAAUAUCUUAUCAGUAAAUGAAAUGACUCUGGAGAAACUACAAAGUUUUUUCCAAGCUGAUGAGGCUACAAAAAAAUGGGGGAUCUGUGCCAGUGUCUUUUUAAUGUGGUCAUGAUGAAGAUGCCACUGACUCAAUCUGCCCUGGCCUUCACCGAGUGAGGUUUUUGCUACUUUAUGCUGAAUGUAACGAGCUAGCCGUACAGCUGAA